AUGGCGUUGCCGAAGAGAAUCGUAAAAGAGACGGAGAGACUCAUGGCAGAACCAGUACCGGGUAUCAGUGCCGUGCCUCACGAGGACAACCUGAGAUAUUUCGAUGUGAAUAUACACGGUCCCUCUCAGUCACCAUAUGAAGGAGGCAUAUUCAAACUCGAGCUCUUUUUGCCAGAUGACUAUCCUAUGACACCCCCGAAAAUCCGUUUCCUGACCAAAAUCUACCACCCAAACAUUGACAAAUUAGGUCGCAUCUGUCUGGACGUUUUGAAGAGCAAUUGGUCGCCGGCCCUACAGAUCAGAACCAUUCUCCUUUCCAUACAAGCUUUGCUUGGGGCGCCAAAUCCCGACGAUCCUUUGGCAAACGAUGUCGCGCAACGAUGGAAGGAAGACCAGGAAGCUGCAAUCGCCACAGCGAGAGAGUGGACUAGAACCCACGCCAUGUCGUGA